AGGCGCACUUUGAAGCUCGGCUGUGUUCACCAGGAAAAAGGGGAAUCUGCGACUGACCCGGAGUUGUCCACCUUUAAAACUCCUUAAUUGUGUGAUUGAAGAUAUGUGACCACAUCUGUUUGUGGUCUAAGGGGUCUCAGAUGAAAUCCUCUCUGCAGGACUGACUCCUCCUCCUCCUCCUUCAAUUCUGGACUUUGACCAAAACAAACAAACUCGACGUGUCAGGUCCUGUUUGCUUGGCCCGAAGGCUAAAUCCUGAACUAGUUUCGUUUUUCCAGUAAACUGCAGAGGAUCAGAUGACAAACAUCUCAGAAAGGUAAGGAAAUAAAGAGGGAACAGAGUCUUAUUCUGUGUAUUUAUCUGUCCAUGUCUGUCUGUUUAAGGCUGACUCAUGACUAACUCAGGGAUUUAUUUCUGCUGAUACUUCCUUAUUGAAACAGAAAACAGACUGUUUACAUCUGAGCUGAAAAAGUGAAAAAUACUAGAGAAAUUAAGGUUAACAAUGAAGGGAUAUCUCUGUUGUAUUGUCAUUUUGUAGAGUUUUGUCUAUUACCUCAAUUACCGUCGUUUAUUAAAGGUAAAAACUGUGAUAAUCCUCUGUAAUUUAUCCUGUAAAAAUCCCAUAAAUCUCAUGUAUGUGGGUCCGUUUAGGUGAUUUCUGAGUUCAAACAGUGGUCUAAAGAAAUGCAUUUUCAGUCAUUUAAGGUGGAGUGGCAGUGAACAACACUGGGAUUAAAAUGCUUUAUCGUUAACCAUGCAGAGAAAACGUUCAGAUAGACUCAAACAUCAACAAGAGCCUGUUUAUUUACAUACCUGUGUUUGUUCAACGGGAGGAGCUAACAUGUUAGUAGGGGAGACCAGGGUUGGUUGUCACGUUGUUGAUUAUAGCUGAAGUCAAGAUUAUUGUCAUUAUCUCCAAGUCAAAUAUUUAAUCUGAGGUGAUUAUGUCCAUGUGGGGAGUUUUUUAAUCAGAUUGAGGUGAAAGGACAUUUUAUUAUUUAAUGAAGGUGCUUUAAUUAAACCUUUUAAAGCUUUAAGUCAAGUCAAAUAUUAGUAUAUAAAAGGGGAGUUGACAGCUUUGAUCCCUAAAGGUACAUUCUGUAGAUUUUAGCUGCAAUUCUCCAAAGAACUGGAAUGGUUCAUGUAGGAAUAUGUUUAAAUUAGUUUAUAUUGCAUGAAAUAUCAUGAUAGUUUUAUUUCUGAAGAACGAAAAAAGCCUUUUAUAUUUUAAACUUUAUUUUUAUGAAUACAUUCAGUUUUUCAAAAUACUUGUAAGUGCCUCCUGGUGUAAUAAAAUGACAUUUAAUCAGGAUGGGUUAUCCAUUUCCUCCACAGCCUGGUGAAUUUGUCUUUUAUAUUUUAGUGGCUGGAGUUUGUUGUGUUGCACCAACCUGUUUUCUAUGGAAGCUCAGAACGGACAAUCAAACUGGUACCAAACCCAUUUUGUUUAUUUGCAGAUGUUCAAGACUUGUCAGCAUGAGAGCGGAGAGGAUAGAGUGAAAUUAACUACAAAAUGUAUAAAUACAAAUUUAGUGGUGAGGUCAGGACAGACGAGUAGCAUCACUUCACUAAUUUAUUACCAAAACAAUUAAAAACUCAUAAUUGAUAUCUUAGACUCAAGCAGAUAAAAUAACUGUAAACAUUACCACCUCAUUUGCUAAAACAGUUGAACUACUUGCGUCGGUUGCUGAUAUCAUGUAAAUCUCUUUUUUUUGUCCUUAACCAGAGAGAUUAGCGAGGUUUCAUUCUGUAAUUUUACUCUUAAAUAUCCUCGUUCUACGCACUGCACCUUUAAUACCUAUCUGUUGUGCAUGUAUGAGAAUAAACACAAGAACCUAGGCUUUCAUCUACCAACAGAAUGACCACCAUGUGCUGUUCUGAUCCUGAGUAAUGCAGUCAAUCUGGUGUUACACAAACAUUACAGGGUUUAUAAUAAGUCACAGAUGUCUGCGGUCCAAUUUAAGGUUAAGCUGAUAGUGAAGGAAUGCUGAAAAUGUGCGUCAGAAUGAAACCAAAACAGAUGAACGUCUAUAUAGUUAUACAGCAGUCUCUGGAUCGGAAACUCCUCCUUUUUUGGACGGGUUUGAUCACAUUCAGGAAAGUGCAGUUCCUGUUAUUUUAUCAUUUGUUGACAGUAAAUUUACAAAAGGCGGACUGGGACUAUGGGACAGAUAUGACAGAAAAAUCCAGCUGAAUUGUUCUUUUUAUUGACCUUUUUUAUUUUCUCCUGCAGAAAUAUGAAGUCUAAGACUGCUGAGGUUUGGUAAAGGACAGAGGUGCAGGUUCAGGCGAGUACAGUGAGUACUUUCACUUAACUGUGUCAAAAUUCAGUCAUGAAAAUUGACUAAAGUGGAGAAAACACCAUCACAUGAAGUAGGGCUCCAUCUCUGCAGAGUUAAACCUCACACUAUCUUCUAUUGUCCAAAAGUCAAGGAUGUUCAGUUAACAGUAAUAUAAUAUUACAAUAUAAAGUCAUUUUUAUUGGUAGUUUGUGGUAGUUUGUUGCUCAUUUUUGCAUCAUGCAUGGUGUGAAUGUGACUGAGAGUGGUGUCCUCUUUUAAUUCAGUUAUUUCCUAAACUGGAGUUGUUGUUUUUUCAGGUUUUUAUCGGUCAUAGAUGUGUCUAAAACCUUGUAAUGGAUAGUCCAGAUAACACGAGUAGGUCUGAGGAGGAGGAUAAGGAGGCCCGACCCUCUAACACGACACCUGAGGACCAAACCCAUCCUGAGGGGUGAGAUUAGAGUCUCUAAUGUCGACUUUUAUACAGUCUUUGGUGCAGACUCACUCACUGCAUAACUCUUUCACACUAAACUUCUCAUACUUUCACUUUCUUUUAUUUAACUGGUCAUUUCAUUCAGGGUUGGGGAGGAGAGAACAGAUUCUCCUGAACCGAGUGGUCUCUCUCUGAAAAGUGACAGGUCCAUGGGUGAGCCUGUUGGUUUCAAAAGGUAAAUUCAGUUUCAAAGUCAGCCAUCAUUUGUUUAUUCAUCACAUGUCUUUAAUAGUGUCUUUAAUUUCAGCUCUGAGCAGGACAGAGGGAAUCCUCCUGAACUGAGCUGUGUGUCCAUGAAGAGUGACAUGUCCAUGGGUGAACCUGUUGGUUUCAAAAGGUAAAUUCAGUCACUAAAGUUUCUGCAGUUCUCUCAUGUCAGCUUGUUUCCAAAUGUGUGUGCCGGUGAACUCCUGUAAUCUGGAAUUAGAGAAAUGAUUAACGCUGGUGAACAAGUUUCUACUUUUGGAUAAAUCUCUUUUCUUGCACAAUAACUGCACAUGGAUCUGUCAAAUAAUCAGCUGACACUCAGCAGACUCUGUGAAAUCUUUCUCUGUAAGUGUUUCAGUGACAGUUUCUGUUUUUAAAAAAAACAUUUUUUCAGAAAUGAAAAAGAACAUGAAGAUUCUCCUGAACCGAGUGGUGUGUCUCUGAGGAGUGACAUGUCCAUGGGUGAGCCUGUUGGCUUUAAAAGGUAAAUUUAAGUUUUUUUAAGUAAUUUUUCAAACUUUAUGAAGCUCUGUCACUGCAACCCAAUUCAUCUGGAUGUAGAUUUUUAGCUUUAUGAGAGCUGUGAGAACUUUUUAAAACAAGAGUUAACAGACUUCCUUUGGAUAAAUAGUCAAGUCUUUGUUCACCUAAUAAAGAAAGUGGUUUACAAGUUAAUACUAGUACAUGAAGAAUCAACAAGUAUUGAUAAUUAUCGAAUUUCUUCAUGUCUGUGGAGGAAGCCUGUCGGUUUUCCAAGAGCUUAAAGCUCCCGUGAGGAUCCUUUGUAAAAUUCGGCGCUUCUUGUGAGCAAAGCAGUCUCUGCUUAUUGUUAAUAAUUGAAUUUUUUAUUUGUGGUAAAUAUUUCAUGUGGAAAUUAUAAAAACAAGGCUGCUUUUCAGCUGACACCUACCACCUUGAACCACUUUCAGGCAUUAGAGACUUGGAUAUAAAGGUGGUCGAACCUGUCUCUGAUGGUCUUGUCUAUUUUCUGAUACCAUUAAAAGCAUCAUUGUGAACUUCAGUCUAUUUAAUCAACUUAAAAAAAAAAACUCACAGGAGCUUUAAGUUAAAUGUCCAGCCACAGUUAAAUGUGUAGAUGUCAUUCAGAUUCAUCAUGUGUUUUUAAUAGUGUCUUUAAUUUCAGCUCUGAGCAGAACAGAGGGAAUCCUCCUGAACCGAGUGGUGUGUCUCUGAGGAGUGACAUGUCCAUGGGUGAACCUGUUGGCUUUAAAAGGUAAAUUUAAGUUUUUUUAAGUAGGUCUUCAAACUUUAUGAUGCUCUGUCACUGCAACCCAAUUCAUCUGGAUGUAGGUGUUUAGCUUUUUGAGAGCUGUGAGAACUUUUUAAAACAAGCAGUCCCUGCUUGUUUUGACUGUGACCAAAAAUUUCAUCUUGAUAAUCAAAAUGUUCGUUUAUUGUAAAUAUAAUUAUGAAGAAAAUGUAAAAGCAGGACUGCUUCUUCAGCUGCUCGUCUUGUAUUUUUAAUGAUUUCUUAAAUUUCAGCUCUGAGCAGAAAAGAGGAAAUUCUCCUGACCCGAGCGGUCUCUCUCUGAGGAGUGACAGGUCCAUGGGUGAACCUGUUGGUUUUAAACGUCAAAACUCAGUUUCAAAGUGAGUCAUCAGAACUUUUCAGUUCAAACACGAUUAUAAUCAAUACCUAAUGCCUGAUAUCUGAUAAAAAGUCACAGACUCUGUCCAACUGUUAUAUUUUCUUAGUAAUGUUUAUCCAGUUGACGUCUGUAUCUUUGAAGUGACACAUGAUAACGGCCGAGAGGACGUUACUGACAGAUCAUGUUUUCCUUCAGAGUUCAUCAGGACACAUCAGAGGUUUCCGCUGAAUCAGACCUGCACUCCACAUUCAUGGUAAUGGACAAGCUUCUCUCCUGAACACUUGGAGUAAAAAAGAGAUUUUUCUGACAAACAGGAGUUUAGCACAGACCUGGAGGGAGCUCUCAGCAUCGAAGAUGACGUGAAUCUUCUUCUCUUACAGAUUAUUGAGGAAACACUGGUUGCUUUUGUGAGGGGUGAGCUCCGAAAGCUUGAAAAGGCUCUAAACUCAGGUUACCCAGAAUGCUCAGGCCGUUGUGAGGAUGAGGAGGUGGUGGAUAAAGAAGAGCAGAGUGAGGAAGUUCUGAAGCUCACACUGAAGUUCAUGAAGAAAAUGAAGAUGGAGGAUCUGGCAGCCACGCUGCAAAAGAGUAAGAUGUUUUUAAUGAACAGAGCAGAGAGACCAGCUCUCAACGUCAGGUCUAUACACCAUCUUAUUUGGUACGUCAAAUACAGUCCAUGUAACCAGCCGAGGGUACGUGGAAAUAUCAACAUGUUGAUGGUUUGCAAAUCAUUUAAAUACUGAAUCUGAAAAUAGAGCGGAGAAAACUUAAAAAACGUUAAACUCUUUUUAAACUACAGUUUUUGAAGUGAAUCUGAGUCCAUGCAGUGAUUUCUGCUUCAGAGUGGGGAUCAGGAUCAUCCAGUCCCAGUUUGGUCCUUGUCCCUUUAGUACAGAGAUUUCUCCAGAUCCUCUGAAUCUUUGAAUGAUCUGAUGUUCUGUAGACGAUGAAAUCAGGAACUUUAUCCUGAAACUGUUGAACUGUUAGCUCACGCAGUCUCUCACAGAGUGGUGAACCUCUCCCAUCUUUCCUUCUUGGAGACUCCGCCUCUCUGAAUGUCCGUUUUAGACCUGGUCAUGUGACUAACCUGUUGGACCUUCACCUCAUUAGUUGGAGAUGUUCCUCCAGAUGUUUUUUUAGCUUUAUAAUUUUUGACCCGUUUGUUCCUCUGAGAACUUUUGACCCCUUUUCUUUCUCUACUCUAGUCUAAACAGUUUGAAGAUGUUACUGGGUUCAAGUCUGAGUUUUAACAUUCGAUAUGUUGUUUUUUGCACCUCCUUGAAUGUGAUAUGACUCUAUAUGGAUUUGUAAACCAUCGAAACCUGGUUUUAAAUAAUAAUAAUAAUAAUAAUUCAUUUUAUUUGUACAGCGCUUUUAAAAACACUCAAAGACGCUUUACAUAGUACGUAAAAUUCAAGAUAAUAAGACAAAGACAUGAAAACAGUAAGAUGGACAAAACAGUUAAAUAUUAAAAGCAAUUUUAAAUAAGUGGGUUUUUAAAAGGGAUUUAAAAGUAGUGGGGUCAGGGCAGUGUCUGAUGGAGGGAGGUAGGGAGUUCCAAAGGGUAGGGGCAGCUGAGGAGAAUGCCCGAUCCCCCCAAGUUCCCCCCCAAGUUAAAGACCUUUUGCACAGGUAUAUGGUGGUAGUGUCCCACAGAGUCUGAGGGUGGUUGGAGAUUUGGGUUUGGAUCUCAGUGGCCUAAAACCCAGCUUUGAGUAUUAAACUAGUUUUCUGCCAACACUUGUCUAAACUUCAUCAUCUGAACUAUCUCCCUGUUGCAGAAACUCUUGCUCCAGUGUGCCGCUGUAAACUCAAAUCUAACCUGAAAAAGAGGUACGAAUACGUGUUCGAGGGGAUAUCUCAAGCAGGAUACCCAACCCUCCUGAGUCAGAUGUACACGGAGCUCCACAUCAUAGAGGGAGAGGCAGGAGAGGUCAACUAUGAACAUGAGGUCAGACAGAUUGAAACGGCGUCCAGGAAACAGGAACCCGAAAAAACAAUCCAAUGUGGAGACAUCUUUAAGGCCCCACCUGGAACAGAUCGACCAAUCAAAACGGUGAUGACAAAGGGAGUAGCCGGCAUCGGGAAAACCGUCUUAACGCAGAAGUUUACGUUGGACUGGGCUGAAGGCAAAAGAAACCAAGACAUACUGUUCACUUUUCCGUUCACCUUCAGAGAGCUGAAUGUGCUGAAAGAGAAGAAGUUCAGUCUGGUGGAGCUUAUUCAACACUUCUUCCCUGAAACCAGGAACACGGGAAUCUGCAGGUUUGAAGAGUUCCGGGUUCUGCUCAUCUUUGACGGUCUGGAUGAGUGUCGACUUCCUCUGAACUUUGAGAACAACGAGAUCCUGACUGAUGUUAACACAUCAGCCUCAGUUGACGUGCUGCUUACCAGCCUCAUCAAGAGGACACUCCUUCCAUCUGCACUCAUCUGGAUAACAACACGACCUGCAGCUGCCAAUCAGAUCCCUUCUGAGUGCGUUGACAUGGUAACAGAGGUCCGAGGGUUCACCAACCAACUAAAGGACGAGUACUUCAGGAAGAGGUUCAGAGACGAGGAGCAGGCCAGCAAAAUCAUCUCCCACAUCAAGACGUCGCGAAGUCUCCACAUCAUGUGCCACAUCCCGGUCUUCUGCUGGAUCACUGCUACAGUUCUGGAGGAUGUGAUGAAAACUAGAGAAGGAGGAAAACUCCCCAAGACCUUGACCGAGUUGUACAUUGAAUUCCUGGUGGUUCAGACCAAACUGAAGCACGUCAAGUACGACGGAGGGGAAGAGGCGGAUCCACACUGGAGCACAGAGAGCAAAAAGAUCGUUGUCUCUCUGGGGAGACUUGCCUUCGAGCAGCUUCAGAAGGGGAACCUGAUCUUCUAUGAACCCGACCUUACAGACUGUGGUAUCGACGUCCGAGCAGCUUCGGUGUACUCGGGAGUUUUCACACAGAUGUUUAAAGAGGAAAGAGGACUGUACCGGGACAGGGUGUUCUGCUUCGUCCAUCUGAGCGUUCAGGAGUUCCUGGCUGCUCUUCAUGUCCAUCUCACUUUCUUCCAGUCUGGAGUCAAUCUGCUGUCAGAGGAUCAGUCAACGUCCCUGUGGACUAAACUGUUUGGGGACAGAACUGAAGUCUUUUACCGGACUGUUGUAGACAAGGCCAUGCAGAGUCCAAAUGGACAUCUGGAUCUGUUCCUGCGGUUCCUCCUGGGUCUUUCAGUGCAGACGAACCAGUCUCUCCUGAAGGGCCUGCUUCCAGAGACACAGAUCAGUCCUCAAACCAAUCAGAGAACACUUCAGUAUGUCAAGAACAGGAUAGAUGAAAAUCUGUCUCCAGAGAGAAGCAUCAACCUGUUUCACUGCCUGAGUGAACUGAAGGAUCGCUCUCUGGUGAAGGAGAUCCAAAGGUCUCUGAGUUCAGGAAGUCUCUCCACAGACAAACUGUCUCCUGUCCAGUGGUCAGCACUGGUCUUCAUUUUACUGUCUUCAAAAGAAGAUCUUGAAGAGUUUGACCUGAAGAAGUACUCCCCGUCAGAGGAUGCUCUCCAGUUGUUGCUGCCGGUUGUCAAAGCGUCCACGAAAUCUCUGUGAGUCCAGGAAAAAUCUGAGAAAAUGAAACAAAUCAGAAGUUGAAGAUGCUCAUACUUCUCCUUCUGCUCUUCUUUUCCAGACUGAGUGUCUGUAAUCUUUCAGAGAGAAUCUGUGAAGGUCUGUCCUCAGUUCUCAGCUCGACAUCUUCAAAUCUGAGGGAGUUGGACCUGAGCAACAACGACCUGCAGGAUUCAGGAGUGAAGCUGCUCUGUGCUGGACUUGAGAGUCCACACUGUACCCUGGAGAUUCUCAGGUCAGUCCAAUUUUCAGAGUACCUUUGUAGACCAGGGUACCUUUGUGGACCAAAGUACCUUUGUAGACCAGAGCACCUUUGGGGACCUGAGUACCUUCAUAGACCAGACAGACCACUUUUGUAGACCAGAGUACCUUUGUUGUCCAGACCACCCUUGUAGACCAGAGCACCUUUGUGGACCAGAGUACCUUUGUAGACCAGAUCACCUUUGUGGACCUGCGUACCUUUGUAGACCAGACCAUCUUUGUAGACCAGAGUACCUUCAUAGACCAGACAGACCACUUUUGUAGACCAGAGUACCUUUGUCGUCAAGAGUACCUUUGUAGACCAGAGCACCUUUGUAGACCAGAGUACCUUUGUAGACCAGAGUACCUUUGUGGACCUGCGUACCUUUGUAGACCAGACCAUCUUUGUAGACCAGAGUACCUUCAUAGACCAGACAGACCACUUUUGUAGACCUGAGUACCUUUGUCAUCCAGAGUACCUUUUUAGACCAGACGGAGCACUAUUGUAGAGCAAAGCACCUUUGUAGACCAGAGCACCUUUGGGGACCUGAGUACCUUCAUAGACCAGACAAACCACUUUUGUAGACCAGACGGAGCACUAUUGUAGAGCAAAGCACCUUUGUGGACCAGAGUACCUUUGUGGACCAGAGUACCUUUGAGGGCCUUCUGUGGACAUGAACAGAUUGUGGUUUUGUUUGCAGGCUGUCGGGUUGCCUGAUCACAAAGGAAGGUUGUGCUUCUCUGGCCUCUGCUCUGAAAUCCAGUCAGUCCCAUCUGAAAGAGCUGGACCUGAGCUACAAUAACCCAGGAUCCUCUGGGGUGAGGCACCUGUCAGCUGCUUCUCAGAAACUUGAUGUUCUCAGGUAUGAACAAACAGAGACAUAGAAAGGGUUUUCUUCUUUCAGGGGCUCAAAGAGAUAUUCCGGCUUAAAAUUAAUUUGGGGUCAAACCCACCGUAGCACCGAGUUAGACCCCCCCCUCCAGAGAUGAAUGUUGUCGACCGCUUGCUUCUCUAGUUAUACCAACUUUAGUAACGACCGCAGGAUAGUAAUACAGAGAGCCACGCCCCCAACCAAAACGCCACUCUAUAGCCACAAAUAAUGCUCAGAACAGCACCUAACUUCAUCAACAGGACAUAUAGGGUCACAGACAUAGUACUAGACACCAAACAUCUUUUUAACUUUGACUCAUUUCUUUAGCAAAGAGACUAAACACAACUCACCUACUCUGGGUUGGGACCAACAUUCAACAUUCAUCUCUGGAGGGGGGGUCUAACUCGGUGUUACUCGGUGUUACGGUGGGUUUGACCCUAAAUUAAUUUUACUCCGGAAUAUCCCUUUAAGUUUAACUCACCUGUUGUUGUUGUUGAGAACUGAAUGAACUUUAUUUUUCCACCAGGAUGGACCCUGGGGGCUCACAGUUUAUGAAACCUGGUCUGAAAAAGUGUAAGUUUUGUUUAUAAAAAAGAGAUGAAGUCAGAUAAAACUCUUUGUUAUUGAUAAAUAUCAAGACUGGGGUUGUCCAGCUGCUGACUUGUUAUUCAUUCUCUCCUUUAGAUGCCUGUGACCUCAAACCGGACCUAAAAACAGCACACAGAAAGCUGAUUCUGUCAGAAAACAACAGGACGCUGACAGUGGGGAAAGAGAACCAGUCGUAUCCUGAAGGUCCAGAGAGAUUCUCUUACUGGAAACAGCUGCUGUGCAAAGCCCCUCUGACUGGUCGCUGUUACUGGGUGGUGGAGUGGUCAGGACACGUUUACAUCGCAGUGAGUUACAAAGGCAUUAAAAGAAAGGGAGAGGGUGACGACAGCUGUCUGGGAAGGAAUGAUCAGUCCUGGAGUCUGAGCUGCACUGAUGAAGGGUACUCUGUGCUCCACUGCAACAUAAGGACCCCCAUCCCCGUCCCCACCUCAAACAGAGUGGGAGUGUACCUGGACAGGGCCGCUGGGACUCUGUCCUUCUUCAAGGUCGCCCCUAAUGAAGUGACCCACCUCCACACCUUCAGCACCACCUUCAGUGAGCCGGUCUACCCCGCUUUCAGGAUCAGGAUGGACCCAUUUCACUCCUCAGUGUCUUUGUGUCCCAUAUAAUUUAACACACUGCCUGAUCUUGUAACCAGCUUGAUGCCAGUGUAAGGCACGUUUUCCUGUUCUUGCAUGACUGGGAUCUGUUGGACCCGUCUGUGCCAUGAGUUCAGAACUCUAGUGCGCCCAGGGUCUGUGAGUUUUAGGGUGUUUUUCCAUCCGAACCAACUGGAGACCUUGUUCUGAAACAACUCCUUGGAUUGGAUUGUUUGUGUGUGUCUGAACAUAACAAACAUGCUCUAAAGUGGAACAAACAGGUGAGCUCAGAUUGUCUUCUGGGGCGUUCACACCAAGUGCAGGUAAAAUCAUUCACGCAAAUAAAUUACAUGUCAAACCAAUACAAAGACGCGAUGAGAUGCGUACUACUCUGGCGGCGCGAAUCGUGUGAAUUUAGCAGACGUGAAUUUGCGAGAGUUGAAAAUACCUCGACUUGAGCAGACAUUGGCAAUAGCCAAUCAGUAUGAAGAUUCCCGGGUGAUGUAUGAAAACGGACUGGAAGAUGUUCACCUGUGUAUAAAUAUAUACACAAGCCCUUUUACUCACAGUAGAGACAUGGACAGAUGCUCUGCAGCUGGGAUAGAGCUCCUGUAAUCGGUAUCCUGGAGGGAUGUCCCAGCACCGACCCUCACCAACAGAUCGUCAAAUUGGGUUCGGGUAACCUGAAAAUACCGCUGGAAACAUCCAGACGCAGCUAUUGGAGGAGACCCAGACAUGGUGAUGACAACUGUAGAUCUCUGACGGUUGUGGGCCCUCCACAAAAACAGAAAAAAAAGCAGCAAUUCGCUGAACAUGGUUCACUUCUACCAUGCCUGUUGGGGACUCUCCCCCUCUCUCACACCCACAGCUUUUUCUUAAAUAAAAACAGGAAUAAAAAGGAGCUCUCCUGGAGGAAAGUGAGUGAGGAGGUCAGAUAUUCUGCUAAAUUGUGAAAAAUCACUUGAUCCCACAGGUUGAAUUGGCGAGGAUCACUGUUGAGAUUAGCAUAAAUGGCUGUCCAUCACUUUUAAGCACUCUGUUGAUGCGCAAAUCAUUUGCGUGAAUGACGCAGCUCAAUACCUUUCAUUCACAUGUCUAGAUAUGUGCGAAUUAAGGGAGUAGAUGAUUUUACUUGCGCUUCGUGUGAACGUCCCAUUAAGGAGAUGGUCUCAGCUCGUUUUCCUGUCCAGAGUUAGUAACUUUCUAAACUUUAGUUUAUCAGAUAUUUUAAAUGUGUUUCAUCGAUGAGGCAUUUGACAUCCUUGCAACUCCAAGUGGACUCAUGUGUGGAGUCAUAGAUUACUAGGUCAAACAACCCAAACAACCCUCCGGCCAGACAUUGUGCUGUGGUCAACCGAAGACCAGAAGAUAAUUCUGGUUGAACUAACUGUGCCAUGGGAGGAAGUCCUCAAAAUAGCAGCCCCUGAUCCAAGACUGCAGGGACAGGGGCUGGCAGGCAUGGUUGUUCCCGAUGAUGUCAGCUCUAGGCCUGGAUGAGCUGAGCAAGAAGCGAACUGCUCACAGGAUGGGGGAGGAGGCGGAACGUGCCUCGUGUUGGAUAUGGAGAAAGUGAGAGGAGGAAGGCUGGAGGCCAGGAGUAGGUGGGCAGUGAGCUCGGCCACUCACUGCCGGCCCGUCAACUGGAGAGUGUUGUGGUUGAGGGCAGAAACACUCAGUGAUGGUUGUGUACCACCUGAUGACACCUGCUCCUGGACAAAAAGCUACGGGCAAAGGUAGCUGAGGUAAGCACUAAAAGUGUAUGUAACUAACCAACUGGCCUGGCACACGUCGCCUCAGACAUUGGUAUGUCUUCAUCCGCAGAGCCGUUCGAGUUAACGCUCUGGACUACCUUUCCUCGUCGUAAAGGAAGGAUUACAUCAUUUGCAUUCACUUAAAUUUGUGCAGUUUGCUGUUCCCAAAGUCCGAACUGAGCUGGGAAAGGAGGCCUUUAGGUUUCCUGCUCCUUUUGCGUGGAAUAACCUGCAGACUGAAUUGAAAGUACAGAACCUCGUGUCUCUGAGUGUUUUUAAAUCGUCGGUGAAAACGGUCUGAACGCCGCUGCUUUAGCUGACGUUUUAUUUUGACUGUCUGAGUGUGUUUGUUUUUUUGUUUUGAAACUGCUUUGCUGCCAUUCUUGGCCAGGCCCAGAUCUCUUAUCUUAACGGGACUCGCCUGGUUUAAUGAAGACAAAAAAUUAGCUAACGUUAGCUAGCGCCUUAAAGUUAGCUUUUGGGUAAACUAUGACCCUCUUAACUGGCAACUUCCAGCCAUUUGAACAUCUGGUGAGUAUAUUUUGACAUUAAUAGUUAAGGCAAAGCGAAUUUUCACAGACUUGAUAUAGCAAAUGUUUGUGAGCUUCACUGUACAUCUAUAAUCUUAAAAUAAGUUCAGUCAGGACCGCGUUACUCUGAGAGAAUCAUUUAUUCGUGUUCAAUACGUUAUUAAAAAGUGUAGCUCAGUUUUAAGAGUUUCCUGCUCUUCGACAGCCUGAGGCAGGGAGAGCAUGAAAUACAUGAAUAAUAAUACAUGAAAAGGCAGGAAAAGCAACAGCAAAGACACCAGGAUAGAGAACAUAGAAAAGAACAAAAAUGAAUAAAAAGUAGAAAAACAGAAAAAACAAAACAAAAAAAUUUAAAAGAAUUAUAAAAAAAAUAUAUAAAGAACAUUAAAAAAGAACGAAUGGAAGAACAUAAACAAAAAAAAUACUGAAAAAACAACGCAAAAAAACCCCAAAAAAAUAAAAGAAUUUUGAAAAGAACAAAAAAAGAACAACAAAAUGCAAAAAAAAGAGAAAAAAAACAACCAAAUAUCUUUACAAAAAAAUCACAUUUUUAAAAUAGUUCAAAGAAAAAAAAAUACAUGAUAGAGAUUAGAGCAGACAUCAGAGACACCAGGAAAACCCGACACAGCGUAAAUAGGAGUGGAUCAGGAACACCAUGAGGUGCUCUCUCCCCCAGCUGGAAUUAACCGACACUUCAUCAUUAUUCCCGCUAAAGCUGCUGUUUAUAGAGCCAGACACGUGACUGUCACAUGAUGAAAACAGACCACGUUCAUGUCUCUGUCCUUUGACCACUCAGAGCAUUUCUACUUCUGUUCCACUUUCACACACAGACUGCCAUUGUACAGAGCCAAUCAGUUUCGACUGGAUUUAACACAUUUGCACCUUCAGCCUUUGUUUACUCCAAAAUUAUAUGUCAUUGAAGUCGAGUGUGGUGGUGAGAGGAAACACCUUUAAUCUGUGUAAGAUAUGAACAACCUCUUAAUCUUUUUAUUCUGGGGCUUUUAUGCUCACCAAAUGUAAAUAAAACCUUUCAUGGAUGUAGGAGAUCAUUUCAGACACUCUAAAGCCUCAAAGAGUCACGGGGGUUAAAGGUAAUCUGUCUGUUGUUAAAUGUCCUCUUUCUAAAACUUUCCUGUAUUUUUCUGUCAUGUUGAAACUUUUGUUGUGUUUUUUUUAAUUCAGAACAGCAAACUCAAUCAGUGCAGGACUUCCUUUAAAAAAAACAGCUAAAUUGUGGUUUAAUCACUUUUUUUAUUUGAAGACAAGAAAUCCUCCAGCAGGUUUUCAUCCUUUUUAUUCAAACUUUUGCAUCAAAUUUGCAAAAGAAAGUAAAACUGAAAUGUGAAGAAAGUUUGUGAAGGUAACAUUUCUGUUAAAAGGAUGAUUUGUACAUGUGAUCUGAAAAUCUGUCCUGCUUCUUAAUCGUAUAUAAAAACUCUCCUCUGGUCUGAUCAGCUCCUGUUGAAUCCUCAGAAUAUGGCUGAUCUCAUGUACUGAAAAGAGAAAAACAAAGUAAAGACAGAGUGAGUUUAAUUUUUAUAUGACUUGAUUUGAAAAUAUACUCCCAUAGUCAUAAUGUGACUCUCUUACUGUCUUCAGUUUGUGUUUUAGCUGAUUUAAAAUUGUCACUUAUUUUACUCAAUAAAGCAUUAUGAUUUCUGUUUAAUAAACUCAUAAAUUUCACUGUAUUUUAAAAUGAUUAUCGUCUUAAUAAAGAUCAGUAAAGACUUACUUUGUG